AUGAGUGAGACUUUGAAAAGAGGGAGAUCACCUUCUCCGGUGGCCAAAGGCUCAGAAAGAACUUCAAGAUGGGGCCGUACUAGAAGAGAUAAUGCUAUAAAAGAUGCGGUUAAUCUACCGACUGUGAUCAAUGGAAUAUUAACUCCAGAACAAUUAGAUGCUUACCAAGUAGUUUACAGAAUUGAUGAGAUUACUCAAAAGAUAUCCACUAAUGAUUUAGUCCCACCUCAAAAAUUAUCAAGAUCCCCAUCACCACCACCUCAAUAUGAUGCAAGUGGUAAAAGAACAAAUACAAGAGAAGCUAGAUAUAAAAAAGGUCUUGAAGAUGAAAGACAUCAUUUGAUUGAUAUAGCAGCAAGGUUAGUACCUCAUUACGUUGCUCCAACUGACUAUAGAAGACCGAAAAGUUUGGUACAAAAAUAUUAUAUUCCUGUUAAAGAACAUCCAGAAUUAAAUUUUAUCGGACUUUUAUUAGGUCCAAGAGGUAAUACUUUAAGAAAUUUACAAGAAACUUCAGGUGCCAAAAUUGCUAUUAGAGGUAAAGGUUCUGUUAAAGAAGGUAAGAAUAGAGCUGUUUCUACUCAACAAAACAAUUUAGAAGAUCCAUUACAUUGUUUAAUUACCGCUGAUACAGAAGAAAAAGUUGAAGCAGGUAUUGAAGCAUGUAAAGGUGUUGUUAGUAGAGCAAUUUCUACACCAGAGGGACAAAAUGAUUUGAAACGUGGUCAACUAAGAGAGUUAGCCGCUUUAAAUGGUACUUUAAGAGAAGAUGAAGAUAGACCAUGUCAAUAUUGUGGAUUAAGAGGCCAUAAAAGAUGGGAAUGUCCAAAUCGUACUAAUUAUACUUCACAAGUCGUUUGUCGUAUUUGUGGUAAUACAGGUCAUUUUGCAAGAGAUUGUAAACAAAGAAAUGGAGGAACACCAAAUAAAGGAAGAUUUAAUGUUGAUCAAGAAUUUGAUAAUAUGUUGAAAGAUAUUAAUGUUGAUAAUCAUACUAAUAAUGGUCAAGAUGAACAACCUUGGAAAAAGAGAAAUAUAUCGACUCAAUCACCACUAACUUCCACCAAUACUACAGAUUUACAACCAGGAAUUCCUAAUAGUGCUUCAAGCUCAAUACCCUCAACUAUCAAUUCUGCUACAUCAAUACCCGGGUUACCAAACGUUCCAGGUGUAUCGGCACCACCAGGAUUAAGUGCACCACCAGGUCUAAGUGCACCACCGGGAUUAUCAGCACCACCAGGUCUUGGAGCACCACCACCAGGCCUUGGAGCACCACCACCAGGAUUAGGAGCACCACCAGGAUUAGGGGCACCUCCUGGUUUAUCAGCACCUCCUGGUUUAGGAGCACCUCCAUCAAAUCCAGCUCCACCACCAGGAUUAGAACAGGUUAAAAAAGAAGAACCAAAAUGA